GCUCGAGAAUUAUUUCUGUCCGCUAGAACAAAUAAUAUUCGAAUAAGGACAAAGCAGUUGAAAUUUGAAGGCGACAUACCUCAAUAUAUCAAUGAAUUAUCACUAGUAUAUUUUACUUUAAUUAAAAAUACCUGUGAUUGGUACAGUGCUGCAUUUAAAGACAUAAAAAUGGCAUCAGGUCUUGUUAAAUGGGCAAAAGAAGAAGUAGAACAUUAUGCAAGUAUGUUCCAACGUCAAGUAUAUAGCCCCCAUAAUCGUGAAGAUAAAAUUGUGCGAAGAUGCUUGAAAUAUGCGAGAGAUCAUUGUUUAAUG